AUGGUAGAUGAGAUACGACGCGAUAUUCAUGCGUGGCCUCUCGGCGCUGUCUCCACGAAUGAGUUAUAUGACAUAUUCGUCGGGAAGCGGAUCGAAGGCACCUGCGAUUGGGUUUUGAACCAGUCAUGGUUUCACCAUUGGACUGGACCCGACUUCCCAGACGGACGUGCUAAAAUCCUUUGGAUCAAUGGACCCGCCGGUUUUGGAAGGUCCAUCAUCUGCGCAGGGGUUAUUGAGGACAUGUCCUUAAAGCUCGAGGAAGACCCGGUUGCCUAUUUCUUCUUUUCGUCUGAUUUCGAAGGCCGGAAAGAUCCAUUUUUCGCAAUCAGAUUGUGGCUCUCUCAGCUUGUCCCAUACCCAGUGGUGUUUGAACUGUUUCGUGAUAGAUGGUCAGGCCGCCCUGAGCAAAAGGCGACUCGGGGCGACGUACUCAAACUUUUCCGAGAAGUUGUCACAGCUAUCCCGCAGUACACAUUCAUAUUGGAUGGCCUCGACGAGUGUGGCUGGACUGGCGUUAGCUCAAGUGUUGCCAGUGAUAAACUGGUUGCUUGCUUCCUGGAGGAAUUGAGACGAGCUGUUUCUGCUACUUCUUCCCAAAUAUUGAUAGUCAGUUGCGAUGAGCCAGAGAUCCGAAGUGCUCUUUCAGGCCAACCUGACGCCGAAAACGUCUCAGUAAACCAAUACAAGAUCAGGCCAGAAGAUGUCCAGUCGAAUGUGGAAGUUUUCUCACCUAGUGUCGUCGACAAGAAGCUUAUCGUCCAGGCCGACGGCGGCUCGAGAGGAUAUUGCCCAUUCGCUGGCCGAGCGGUGUAA